CAGAAAACACAGCUCAGUCACUGUGGGGCCAAACAAACCCGAGCUGCUUACACAGCGCGCUGCUCCGAGCUCGUGCAGCCCGUCAGCAGAAAACAAAGCAGCGCCGAGCCGCACAGGGUUUUAUUUAUGUAUAUAAACCUCUUCGAAAGCUUUUAGCGCAUACCGGAAAAACGACGCGAGCUUGGCAGCGAGGACAAUCCCCCGGGCGGAGAGGCAGAGAUGGAGGAAACGGCAACAGUGGCUGAAGCUGAGCCGACAUCUAGCGACGCCGCUAACGCUUUCCUGGGGGUUCAAGAGUCGGGGUGGAAUGACUCUCAGCUUCGCAAGUACCCUUUCCAGACUAGACAGAUCCCGCGGCUUUCUCACACCGACCCCCGAGCAGAGAUCCUAAUUAAUAACGAGGAACCUGUCGUGUUAACGGAUACCAACUUGGUGCAUCCAGCACUUAAAUGGGACAUCAGCUAUUUGCAAGAGAACAUUGGAAAUGGGGACUUUUCUGUAUACAUUUCUGAAAACCACAGAUUCUUAUAUUAUGAUGAGAAGAAAAUGUCAAACUUUUCGAACUUUGUGCCAAAGUCACACAGAGUAGAGAUGAAGUUUUCAGAGUUUGUAGAAAGGAUGCGUCAAACAGAGGAGCUGGAUGGAAGACAGAGAGUGUACUUGCAGCAAACUCUUAAUGACACAGUUGGACGAAAAAUUGUUGUGGAUUUUCUGGGAUUCAAUUGGAACUGGAUCAACAAACAGCAAACUAAACGAAACUGGGGUCAACUAACAUCAAACCUGCUACUUAUAGGCAUGGAAGGUAAUGUGACACCAGCACAUUAUGAUGAGCAGCAGAAUUUCUUUGCACAAAUCAAAGGUUACAAAAGAUGUAUCCUUUUCCCACCUGACCAGUUUGAGUGUCUCUACCCGUACCCUGUUCAUCAUCCAUGUGACAGGCAGAGCCAGGUUGACUUUGAAAACCCUGAUUAUGAGAAAUUUCCCAAAUUUAAAAAUGCAUUUGGAUAUGAGGCUGUUGUUGGGCCAGGCGAUGUGCUGUACAUUCCUAUGUACUGGUGGCAUCACAUUGAGUCCCUAUUAAGUGGAGGAGUAACCAUCACCGUCAACUUCUGGUACAAGGGUGCACCCACUCCAAAGAGGAUAGAGUACCCACUGAAGGCCCAUCAGAAGGUGGCCAUUAUGAGAAACAUUGAAAAGAUGUUAGGAGAGGCCUUGGGGGACCCACAUGAGGUUGGUCCAUUGCUGAACAUGAUGAUCAAGGGGAGAUACGAGCAGGGUCCGAGUUAAUCAGCAGUUUACCUCCAGCGUGCCAUGUAUAGUAGUACAUAGGGAUGUGGAUGGACACGUGUUUGUAUGUUCAGAGCAUUCAAUUAACUGCAUGGCAGUAUUUUAGCUGCAUACAGUCUGCUUUGAAUAUCUCAAGCUGUUGUAUCUGCUAAUGGAAGGUACCACUAGAGAAAAUUUAUUUGCUCUGUCUUUUGCAUCCUCAUAAUGUGAUAUGUACUGAUUAGUUAUAUGAUGCAGUGUGGGAGAAAAUAAACAUCCAGAGCACUCAGACCCUUGCAGUAGCACCUAUUUUCAAAAAGCCGACAGUUUUAAGAGUGCUUUCAGCAAUCCUAAUUUGUGUUGCUAUACCAGCGGCAACAAUUUUACUGUAUACUGUAACUUUUGCAGGUUGUAAAGUUAUACAUUUGAGAAUCAGAA